GCGGCCGGGGAGGCGGUUUUGUGUGUGCGAGCGCUGCGCGGUCCCGGCUCCCCGCGGGCGGCGGCGCUUGGGGGGCCCGGCCCGGCCCGACCCCGCGGGCAGCGCUGAGCGGCGGCGGCGGACGGGGGGGUCCCCUCGCCUGCCGUAGUGGGGGGCCCCCGCGGAGGCGGCGGGGUCCCCCCGAGGGCGCGGUAGUGACGGCGGCUCGUCCUCCGGUUGGUCCCCCGGUUGUCGGCUCCCUGCGCGGGGUGAGGGGCGGGCAGGUGGGCGAUGAAUGGGUUCAGCACCGAGGAGGACAGCCGGGAUGGGCCGCCCGCCGCCCCCUUUUACGGCCAGAGCUGCUGCCUCAUCGACGACGGGGACCGCUGCGUGCGCCCCGCCGGCAACGCGUCCUUCAGCAAGAGGAUCCAGAAGAGCAUCUCGCAGAAGAAGCUGAAGCUGGACAUCGACAAAAGUGUGAGACAUCUGUAUAUUUGUGAUUUUCACAAGAACUUCAUUCAAAGUGUUCGGAACAAAAGGAAGAGGAAGACGAGCGAUGAUGGAGGUGACUCUCCUGAGCACGACACAGAUGUUCCAGAGGUUGACUUGUUCCAGCUCCAAGUGAACACCCUGCGACGUUACAAGAGACAUUAUAAAUUGCAGACUAGGCCUGGACUCAACAAGGCUCAGCUUGCAGAAACUGUCAGUCGUCAUUUCAGGAAUAUUCCAGUGAAUGAGAAGGAGACACUUGCAUAUUUCAUCUACAUGGUGAAAAACAACAAGAGCAGGCUGGACCAGAAAUCAGAAGGCAGCAAACAACUCGAUUGAAGAUUAACAAGGCUUGGAAUAAGAGAGACCUUGAAGGAACAUGUGGUAUUGUGCAUUUUAGGUUUAUAAAAACUGUUAAAGUAUAUUGUAAAUUUUUUUAAAAUGCAGUGUCUGGAUGACAGAAAAAAAUAUAGACAUUCUUAUGAGGAGUAUUUAAAAACAUGUGCCCAGCAUGUUUCCGAAGACUUCUUCCCCUCAUUUCAAAGUCAUAUUGGAAUAAAGAAAUGAGGAUAAUGGGGAAACCAAAUAAAUCUGUAGAACUGUGGAGUUUGUCAACUUGGUGUUUUAAACCAUUUCUGGAAAUCUACAUCUCAGUGCAAUUCAAAUGCCAGAUGGAUUUUUUUUCACUGAAUUAAGGCUGCAUCACAAACUACCAUGCAGUUUGUCUUGGUACAGGACUGGAAGAGCAGCAGAGAUAAAAUUCAUGAUCAAGGUGCAUGGGUCAGAAGUUUGUCUGGAGCUUGCUGCUCACCUACACAUGCUUUGUCUUGCCUUGAGUCAGUGCUUCAAGUCCCAAACUUCUGCAAAUGCUCCAGCUCACAAGAUCUACUCCAGUGAAUGCUACUUGACCAGUCUGAAAUUGAUGGGGGUUUUUUUGCCAGUUUUUUUCCUUCUGACCCCAUCCAACACAGAUGCCAACCAACACUCUGCAGUGUCUUUUCUAAUUUCUUUUAAGAACUCACUAAUUAAAUUUUCUGUAAGCAUUUAAAAAUUUCUGCAUUUCUCUGAAUAUGGUAUUAAGGCAAACACAACCUGUUUACUGUGUCUGAUCAUGUUGGUAGAAUGCAUAUUUAAUUGAUUAUGCAUACUUCAGUGAUGGUAGGUGAAACAAUGGCUUGAGACAUCAGUCUCUUCAUUUCUGUGUCAGGUCAGUAUCGGUCACAAAUGAUGUGCAUUUUAUACUGAAGCUUUAGCAGGUGUCACAAAACUGCUGUGUGCAUUCAGGGGCUCUGUUUUGUAUAAAGCAGAUUUAUGGGUGAGGCACCAUAACCAGGGCAGUGAUCUGACUGGAGCAUUUCAUGAUACAUUUCAUUUCCCUUUGCAAUGGGCAAGAAGCAUCAAAGCAUUUGCCUUUCAUGAACAUUACAUGUGCUUUCAUGAGAGCUGUGUGAGUGAGGGUGGCACACUGGUGCUCCCUGGUAGUGCACUGUAGGAGGAGAUCACCCUGAUUUUAUUUAAAGCCAAGGUGUCCUUACAGAUAAUACAAUGAUUAUUUUGGCAAAAGGAGCUUUUAAAAGUAUUGGUCGUGACUGACUGUUCUCCAGUGACCUCAAAUUCUCUUCAGGGGAUCUCAUGAUUUAAAGCACUGCUCUGUUUCUUUGCUGUCCUGACCAGUGUCUCCAUUCUGGUACAAGAUGCCAAGACUCCACAUAGAGAGGAUAUUCUUAACAAGCCUUAAGCAACGAAAUGAACAGUAGAAAACUUCAGCUAGCAUUUUGUAGAUGGCAGAUUUUAUUAUUUCAAAACUGGAUGAAGAUUUGUUUAAGAGCUGAACACACUGGUCAUGGUCCCAGCUUAGUACUGCAUUGUGUUUUGUAAGGCAUGAGGGGUUCACUUAGUGAAGCUCUUCUUAAAGCUCUCCCAGGGUCUCUUUAAAAUUGAAGUCACAGUUUAAAAGCAAGUCAUUCACAUCACUCUGAAUUGUUUGCUAAUACUCCAAAAACAUGUUCGACAAACUUCAACAUGUCUUAAGUCCUGUAUCAUAGGCAGAAAUACUUUGUUAUGGUACAUGUCUCAUUGUGACAUCUGGGAAGUGUGAUUAUUUCAGCAUUUCCUUGUUCAAUUCUGUACGGAUUUUUAGAACAUCAUACAAGAGAGAGGUUCAAGGAACGAGGAGAGAAUGUCUUGUGUCAGUAUUUCAUGAAUGUUUAAAAAUUUGCUAUUUGUGCUGGUCCUUUCCUUAUUGAAAGGGUGGAGUAGUUCCCACAUCAGUCAACAUGAUCUGGCUUCUCUCAUUCAGGACAGAUGGUUAGAAGGGUGCCUUCUCUGGCUGCAUGUUAACCCACAAAGUGCUCAUGUAAUCAGAGGAUGCUACCAAGGGAAAAUGAGUUUCUGAGUUGAGGUUAUGCCUCAUAGUGAUUCUUCCCCUCCACUGGGCACUGGUGAGGUCACACCUCGAGUGCUGUGUUCAAUUCUGGUCCCCUCAGUUCAGGAAGGACAUUGAGGUGCUGGGGCAGGUCCAGAGAAGGGAAACAAAGCUGGUGAAGGAUCUGGAGCACUGGUCCUGUGAGGAAUAGCUGGGGGAGCUGGGGUUGCUCAGCCUGGAGAAGAGGAGGUUCAGGGAGCACCUUCUCAUUCUCUGCAACUCCCUGACAGGAGGGUGGAGCCAGGUGGGGGCUGGCCUCUUCUCCCAGGCAGCCAGGGACAGGACAAGGGGAAAUUGCCUCAGGCUGCACCAGAAAGGUGGGGUUGGACAUUUGGAGGAAUUUCUUCACAGAAAGGGUGAUUAAUAAUGGGAGUGGGCUUCCCAGGGAGGUGGUGGAGUCACUGUCCCUGGAGGUGUUAAAGGAAAGACUGGCACUUGGUGCCAUGGUCUAAUGGACACGGUGGUGUUUGGUCAUAGGUUGGACUCGAUGAUCUCAGAGGUCUUUUCCAACCUUAUUGAUUCUGUGAUUCUGUGAUUCUAGACCAAAACUGUAAAAAUAUAGUUUGUUUGGGAUUUACUUUUUUUUUUUUUUUUUUGUGGUUGUAUUUUAUUUUGUUUUAUUUUUAAGAGUAAAUAAAUCUGUUGGGGUGUUUUAGUAGCCAGCAGCAAAAUUAUUCUUUUCAAGGAAAUAUGGUGGCAGGUUCCAUCUGUUCAGGUGUAUUCACUGGAAUGCUUUUGUGCCGAGGUGGUAUUCAGGAAACUUUUAUUUUCUUUUUUUCCUGAAAUAGUCAGUUGAUGUUAAACAUGAUCCUUGUUGGUUUCACUUCUAAAGCAAUUCUACUUUUUUGAAAAAAAAAAAAAAAUUCUUAGUGAAGUGCGAUGAUGAAGAGAUGUUUACCAGCCAUUAGCAGUUGUUUAUAAGGUGGAAAGCUUGGAGGCAAGACACCAAAGAAACAGAAGAAUCUUUGGCUGUCAGACCCCAUGGCCUUAUAAACCCCUUGCAAAUGCCUUAUUACCUUGUUCUCAACUUAGCUAGAGCAAAACACCUUGAGCAACAGAAAGCUGAUGGUCUUGUUGGAAGGGUCAGCCACUUGCUGGCUCCCGUGCUAUGAACUGAAACCACAUGUCAAUUCAGUAGCAAUAUCCAUGUUCAGGGUGCCUGUGAUUCUUGAAAAGCAUUUAGUGUCUAAUAACCAGAAAACGCAACAAUGCAAUUGUCGCUGUGUACGAUACCGUGGUGUGUGUUUGAUUCCUUAUGCUGCAUGCCAAGUAAAAACAAACAAAAAAAAGACUUUCCAACUUUUUAUUUUAAAUGUCAAAUUAAAUGUGUUUGAACCUCACACUUGUGAAGCCAUGAGGUGGGACAUUUUCUCAGCACUUUUAGAUGGGACUUGUUGGAAAGGUGUAAGACCCAAAUCGCUUUGGCUGGUAUGAUAAGAUAUUUUUUUUGCAUUUUGCUUUUCACAGAUGGGCCUUAAAUUCUGUCUAGCUUUGAACCAUGGAGCACAAGCCUUGGGGGCAUGGAGGAUGACCAGAUGUCAUCUUCUAUUUAUAAAAGCUUAUUUCUUACAAGCCUGCAUAGGUGACGUUCACCCUGGGGCAGAGGAAUUGUCUCUGAAGGUCUCCAGCCAUUAUAUAGCCUAAUGCAAUUCCAUAGCCUAGCUCAAUUCUCAUUGCAGAGUUCCAUUAACUUAAUUAGAGUUCUGAACAGAUCCAAAGCCAUUAGUGUGCAAUCCAAAUAAUGCAGAAACAUCUCUUCUGGGGUUAAUUUCAUCAUGUAUGCUGACCCUCUGCUCACUUCAAGGGAAGAAGAAGAAAUCAUUGCUGGUAGUUAUUGGCUUGAGCUCAACUCAGGGGAGUUGGAAGCAUGCAAAGACUCGAGUCAGUAGCAGCCUGAUGGCUGAAAAGUGCAAACACAUCCAAGGAGGCUCUGUUAGAAUGCAGUUUUCAAAAUUUCAUAAUCUGAAAGAUUAUUGUUUAUCAACCUGAAGUAAACAAUUGCAGUAAAAAGUAAUGUUUCUUUUGCCAGGCACUUUAGAUACUCAGCCUGAGAAAAGCAGAGCUUUGUACCACUUCUCUCCAGUAUUCUGGUGUCCCAGUUUUCCUUAGAAAUGUGGCUGUAAACCACUAGAUACCCCAGGGUGCAAGAAUUGACCAGAACAUGUCAAGCCUAGCAUUUCAAGUGAGUCUAAAGUGCAAGCUGGGUUCAGAGAGGCUUUGAACACAAGAGCUGAAAUAAUCUACAGUAAAAUGGGAGUUUUCAUGUGGGUCAUGGUGGCACAGGGAGGAUGAAGCAGGACAUGGCCCACGGGGAGACUGAACAAAACACAGUUCCACAGCAGCAGCAGUGUGGAGGAAGAUGAGUUCUGUGUCAGCUCUUGUGAUGGAUGUUUUAUGAGAGGGGGAGGAGGGCGAGCUGUGCACUUUACAUCUUUUGGUUGAGCCAAAUGUAAAUACCAAUGGGAGAUCUUCAGCAGGAACUGCAGUUGGAGGGGAGAGGAGGGGUCUGCUGAGGGACUCUUUGUUUAAGUUUGCAGAUCCCUGGAUUGCCUGGAGCACUAGAGUCACUUUGUCUCUAGAGUUUAGAAAUGUGGGUAAUACAAGGUGGCCUCCCUUGCAAAAGGAGUCCUUGUGCUGCCCAGAGUAAGGACAGAAGAGUCCCAAAGGUGAAGGAAUGUUAUUGAUGCCUCGCUCCUCGUGUCACUGAUGCCCUUUAACCAUGUCUUGCUUAUCAAGUUAGGGAGUUCUCAUUUUCCACUUUCAAAGUGCAAAUGAACUGUUAGGAUGUAAGAUACUCCUUGCACUUUUCACAGCUAUCCCUGGUCUCCUGUUUUUGACUUCCUUGUGAACACAGCUGUUUGGGAUGAACUAAAGGCUUGAACAAAGUAUGGAGAGAGGGGGAGGCUCCUGCUUUAAACCUGAACUUCCCUUGCAAGCAGCUCUGCAGGCCGUCCUGUGCAUCAGCAGGCUCCAGGAGCCUCUGGCUCACCUGAGCCUUGCCAGGGCUGGGUUUACUCCUGUCCUACCCACCCCUCUGCUCCACAGCUACUGCAGAGGAGGUGGGUAGCAGGUAACUUGCAGAAUGGUUUGGAGUCUUUUGGCAGGCUUACUGGGAGAGAAAACUGUGUUCCCUCUUUUGUUUCUUGCCUCCAUGUGUUGUGCUGAUCUUAUGCCAAAUGUUUUGGACACCUUGUAUUUUUAACUGUGUAAUAUAGCUGUGUAUUGUUAAAGCAACUUAGUAACUUAUAGCAAAAACUGUAGAACUCAUUUCUCUGAGGUGUAGGAAAUGUCCUGCUUCCACUGUGUAUGAGACUUUAACUCUGUACUGUCUGAGAAAGAUAAAAUUCUGAAUUUCACUUUAAUAAAUGAUCUAUCUAGCAACCAGGCCCAUA